GAAUUAUUCGCUAUUUUCUGAACAACACAAUGGCCUCUUCAGCUGCUGUCGAAUUCCCAACGGGCCUGACCCUACAUCGGAUUACUAGUCCUGAGAAACUAGAACAAUGGACUCCUUCACUCACCCAACUACUUCUAUCUUGCGUCAACGAUGAUCCAUCUUCAUCAUCGAUCGGCUUCCACGCACCUCUGUCCACUACCAAAGCCACAGAAUUCUGGUCUUCACAAUCACCUCAACUCUUCGGCCGGAACCCCAGAGCAACCCUAUUUGUGCUCGCCCGCGACACCACCGCAGUGGGAACAAUUUCGCUCGUGACUCAUCCCAAGGAAACUCACUCUCACAAAGUCGAAGUCGGCAAGCUAUUGGUUUCCUCAGAAGAAAGAGGCCAUGGACUGGGAAGGAAGCUGAUGGAUAUGGUGGAGAGGUUUGCGAAGGAGGAAUUGGGUAAGAAGAUGGUGUUGCUGGAUACAGCUUCGGAUACACCGGCGAGGGGAUUUUACUUGAAGCUUGGAUAUACGGAAUGGGGUGUUUGUCCACAGUAUGCUGAGAGUGCGGAUGGGCAUUUGCAUGACUGUUCGUUUUUCUAUAAAUUCCUUAGCAACUAGUAUGAUUGGACUAUAGAAUAUUCGUUGUCUGUUGCUUUAUCAUUUAUAAAUUCAGGCUUUAGCACUAUUGAUACACCUAUGCCUAUAAAAGCGUAA